AUGGAGAGCUACAAGGAUGUGAUUCUCAGCCAGGCCCCGGCGAUGUACGGCAAGACCGGAAAGGACACCGGCGUCUUGAUGGAGAACUACAAGGGGAUCCUGCUCUGCGCCCGCCCGACGAACCUGCCGUUUGGCCCCUCCGCGCAGCUGCGCGGGGAGACCGUGGAGGCGGGGGUUUUGCUGACAAGUGGCGGCGGGGCGCCCCCCGCCUUUGUGCCCGGCGGCGCGACAGAAUCGCAGCCGGGUUUGGGGCCCUCCGUCGAGGACCGAGCGGUCAUGGAGCGCAACCACCGCAGACGGCUAGAGAACUACAAGGUGCAGCGCGCCAACGCGUGCACGGUGCUGACGCGCCACCGGCGCUGGCUUCGCAGCUUUGCGGAUCAGGUGCGGCGGAUGAAGAACGACGAGAUACAGCGCGAGAUUGAGCUUGCCAAGCGCGCCGAGCAGAUUCGUCAGCAGCAGGCGCAAAAGCGCGCGGAGGCGGCCUCUGGUGGCCCCUACUCGGCCGCCGAGGCGGCGCCAACGAGCAGGGAGCAGCAGCAGCAGCAGCAGCAGCAGCAUGAGGAUGAGGAGAAGCGGGCUGCCGCCGCUGCCGAGCGGGCCGCUGCUGAGAAGAAGAAGAAGGCGGCGGCAAAGAAGAAGCGGAAGCCGAAGUGGGCACUUACGGAGGACGAGGCGUUAGAAGAUGAAUUGGCGGACGCCGACGAGCUGCUGGACUUUGCCAAGAACCUUGACUACGAGAAGUUCAUCAACGACUACGAGGUGGCGGGGGCGCUGGCCAUCAUGCGGGAGCGCGUGGAGGAGAUUGCGCGGGAGAACAACUGGAGCAGGGAGACGGUGGAGCGGGCCGCGAGCGAGUCCGUCGCCGGGGACCUUGACGAGGACGAGGACGAGGAGGAAGAGGCGGGUAGGGACGGCACCGCGUCGGGCAUGGAGGCGCCACGCGGAGAGGCUCCCGCCCUGAAGCAGGGAAUCAGCACCGCCGCCGCGCGAAGGGCCGCCCCGCGCCACGCCGCGCAGCACACCGAGGGCUGGAACAACUCGACCAGCGUCGGUGGGGUGCUAAAGCGGGCCAUCUUCCGGGACACGCUGCUGCUAGCCGAGCGCAUCCUUGCCUCCUCCGUGUCCAUGCAGAAAAUUCACACCAAAUACAGCCUUGCACGUCUCCUGCAAAAGUGUGUGUUAAACGGCAGCGACGCGACGGAGGCGAUGCAGAAGCCCUCCAUCGGCGGAAGUAGAGGAUUAGACGAGGCGCCGCGUGUGGUGAAGGUGCAGCCCGAGGCGACGGGACUAGAGCCCGGGGGGGAGAACACCGACGCGGGGGCACAGCGGGUACUGGUGGCGAUGCAGCGCUCAAAGGAGCGGACGCAGGGACUGCCCUACCUGUAUCGCUGCCCCGCCAUCUAG